ACUGCAACAGUCGCCGUUGAUGUGUCGAUCGGUUCAGUCCACACAAUACGAAAUCGUUGAAGUUCGUCGCGUCGUGUUUUUGCUAAGUGCUAAGUGCCAGUACAAGUUCGUCGUCAAAGUUUGGCGCGGUUUUGUUUUGCUCGGUACGUUCGUCGUCUGGGCCUCCGUUGAAAUCACUUUCUUCUGAGUGUUAUCAAGUUUAGUGUUCUUCUUUCUACGGUUGAGGUGUGUGUGUGUGUGCUUGAAGGUGAAGUUACUAAUUAUUAAUCCUCCCUCUACCGGCAACGAUCAACGAUCAAGCAACACCCGCGAAGAAGCAACCAUGCCCGAAAUCGAAGCGCUCCGCCACCAACCUUCAACCAAAUUACAUCCAUCAGCCAAAACCGGAGGAGUCGGCAAACAAAACGACAACAACAACAACCAUGACUCGGUUGAGCCGGCUCCGGAAGCCACUCCAGGGCAGCAACAGCAGAAGUCACUCUAUGCUGAUGACGCGAAAAAAUCGGCCAAAAUUAAAGAGCUACGGAAGCUCGUCGAAAAUUGUGACGACUUUGUGCGCCGCGUGGAUGAUCUGUUUCUGUGCCGAUUCUUAAACUGCUGUGACUGGAACGUCGAGGAAGCACAGCAGCGAAUGUGCAAACUGUUCAAACUGAAGUACGACCACCCAGAAUGGUUUGUGGACAAACCGUUGGUCCACUACGAGGACCUCCUGAAUCGCAACAUAAAGUUCGUCCUCGACAAGCGUGACAAGAAGGGUCGCCGGAUAUUCGUCAGCCGACUGGGCGCCCUCGAUAUCAACGUGUCUUCCGCCACCGAUCUGGCCCACCUGGACGAACUGUGGGUGGAGUACAUGCUGAACGAUCUGGAAACUCAGCAGAACGGUAUCGUUUGCUUGCUGGACAUGAGUGGUUACUCGAUUAAGAGCAUGCGUUAUCUAACUCCGGGAAAUAUUAGGAUUGGAUCGGCAAAGGCGGAUUUGCUUCCGGUAAAGCAUAUGGAGUUCCACGUGGUUAACUCUUCGGUGCUGUUGAAUGCUGCCGUGGCGAUUCUGUUUCCGGUUUUGAGCAAGCAGAUCAAGGAAUCGGUUCACUUCCACUAUACCAACUGGAACUCGCUGCAUGCACAUUUGGGAAAGGAAGCUCUCCCGUCAGAGUAUGGGGGAAGCAAUGGAACUGGUUUUAAUUUUGAAAAGCUGAACAGACAAUUAUUUGAUAUGGAGGCACAUUAUAACAAUAUUAUCCGGUUUGGAUACGAACUGAAACCACAUGUUGAUCGCAGCAAAUAUGCUAAAUAUUUUCAGAACGCAGACAAAUCCAAAAGUUCAAAGAAGAAAAAUAAAAAUAAGAAAGACGGUAAUGUGGCCGAAGAAUAG